CUCUCGACGAGAAGGAAGGAUUUCGAGCGAUGCGCAUAUAUUGCAUGGCUUGGUGACGUCAUUGCGCGCUGUCAGGCAGGGUUGGGAUCGCCGUGGCAGCCCUCACCAGCACCCAGCGACAGUCAGGUGGUGAGAGUGGUGCGAGCCGGACUACUAUCUCACUUGUCGUCCUCCACAUCCACGACCACCACAACUCAUUCAGACACCACCAGGGUUACAUAGAACGAAAGGAGAUACCCCAGUAACAGACGAGAACAACGCGGUGUGUCACGUGAAGCCUCCCUCCCCCCAUCUCCCCCUGACCUGAAAAUAAUUUGUAACGUAACUGAACCACCAACAUGACGACUAGCUCCUGGUACCGCCGUUCACUGUGGAACUACAAGGGCACGAGGGAGUACACCAAGAGCGGGUACGAGUAUGCGAGCACCAAGUUCGUGGAGAAGGACCUUGAUGUGGACUGUGCUGGCCGUCACUACGUCAUCACCGGAUGCAACAGCGGAAUCGGGUUUGAGAUCGCCCAGCAGGUUGCCAAGAAGGGCGGCAUCAUCCAUAUGGUGUGUCGCAAUGAGGCUUCCGGCAAGGCUGCACGUUCUGAGAUCAUCACCACCACAGGCAACGACAAAAUCUAUCUUCACGUGGUGGACCUCGCGAGGCCAUGCUCGGUGGCCAAGUGGGCUGCCAAAUUUGCUGCUCGUCAGGAACACAUCCAUUGCUUGAUCAACAAUGCUGGCUGCCUUCUCAGAGACCGCCAGUCCGACGAAGAUGGCUACCAAGUGGAGGUCAACUUCGCCGUCAACACUCUCGCCCCCUACAUCCUCAUCGUCUCUCUCCUGCCUGUGCUCCAGAGGAACGAGGACGCCCGGGUGAUCAACGUCAGCUCGGCAGGGAUGCUGUGUGUAAGGCUGGACCCCAAUGACCUGAUGCACGAAACCAUGGAGCCCUUCGACGGCCGCCUCGUGUACUCACAGAACAAACGCCAGAUGGUGGUGAUGACACUGUGGUUCGCCCAGAGGUACGAGAAUGUUCACUUCUCCUCCAUGCACCCUGGCUGGGCCGACACCCCUGCCUUGCAAAAUUCACUCCCACAGUUCUACGAAACGAUGAAGGACACCCUGAGGACGCCAGCCCAGGGCGCUGACACCGCUGUUUGGCUGGCUAUCUCCAAGUCCUGCCUCGCCCACCCCAGCGGGUUAUUCUUCCAAGACCGAGAGCCAGUCCCAACCCAUCUGCCUCUUGCAUGGACAAAAUCAACCAUUGAAGAGGAAAACCUUCUCUUGGAAAACAUCGAAGCAUGGCGUCUCAAAGUAUCAGACCCAAUUAUUGCUCCAGCAACAAUACCCACACCUGCAUCUAAGGUAGUACUACCUCCAGCUGCUGAAUCUGAAGUUGCUUCCACUGAAACUGAAGUACCUGUAGUUGCUCCCACUCAAAUUGAAAACGUUACUUCCUCUGAAUCUGAAAAAGUUGCUUCUACUGAAACUGAAGAAAUUGCUUCAGUUAAAGUUGAAGAAAUUGCUCCCACUGAAUCUAAUGAGAUUAAAGAAUCAGAUGCAGUUCCAGAGCCUGCUGCUGAAAUAUCUGCUCCUGUUGAGCCAAUUUUUGAAAAAGAUCUUGUAGUGGAAGAAACCCCCGCUCCCCUUUCAACCAAGGCAUCAAUUCCUGCAGAAGCAAAAGUAUUUGAAGAGGAACCAGAGCGUAUAACUCCUGCAAAACCCAAAGUUGUAGAGUUGGAUACUGCCCCUGUUGAAGAGAAAGAAUUGGAUGCUGUUUCAGCAGAACCUGAGGUAGAAUUGGAUAAGGCUCCUGCAGAACCUGAAAUGGAUGAGUUAAUUGAGGAUCCUACUGCAGCCAAAGUCGAAGAAUUGAUUGAGCUUUCUGAAGAACCUAAGGUAGAAGAUAAUGUUAUUCCUUCUGCAGAAUCCAAAGUGGUGAAAUUAAGUCCAGCUAAAUCUGUAAAACCCAAAAAGGAAGAAGUUGUUGCAAUCCACACAUCCACAAGCAGCCAGGAGAAUUUACCCACCUUAGAGAUCCAUUCCCCCCAGUCUUAACCGAGAUGCCACCAGUUGCGAAGACUGCUCUUCUAGAAUCCAAACCUGAAGUCGAGGAGUGACCAGCCACAGCCAAGCUUUUCGUGUAGCUUAUUAGGAAGAUGAAGACAAACAUCAUUAUCCUCAAACAUGUCUAGUCUCGUUGCUGAUCACAAAGCAAAGGAAGUUUUCUCCUUUAGCUCAACUAAGGAUAGAACUACUUAAAAGUAACCCGGUAUGACUGAGAAAUCAGUAUCCAGCAAGGCUGCAAGCGUAAGUUAUAUCAAUACUGUACAGUCACAGAAAAAGAAUCUGCGUCAUCAUUAGAGGCCACAUCUGCUUACCCCCCACCAGCUGAUGUAGUUUCAGGUGAUGCUUGUGAAGCAUCUUGAUCUUUAGAAUGAGCUAUAUUACUUGUGUACAUAUGUUAUUUGGCAGCCAACAAUAUUGAAGAAAUAAUUUUUUUCACAUUGUUACUGCCAUCUUUUCUUAGGUCAGCACUUUCAACAGCAUACCCAGUGACAUUUAAUUCAUAUUUAUGAAUACAUUAGUCAUUUGAACAGAUGUAAUAGUUAGAUAGUUAUCUAUUUAAAUUAGUAUUGCAUAAGAUAAAGAUCAAUAGAAGUUACUGAGUGUAGUGUGGAUUUUUAUUUUACAAAUAAUACUGUAGUCCUUUUUCUUUGAGUUCUCUUCUUACCUUUCAUUUCCCAAAACAUUGUCUCAAUACACACAUCAUAUUUUUUACAGCCAUGCAUAAAUUACACAAAAUUCAGACUACAGUAUCUGGGUAUUUAUGCCACAUAAUGUACAGUAUUUGGUUGGGCCAGCUAAAGGUUAUAGAUACUGUACUGUACCUUACUUUACUGUACUGUACUGUACUGUAUUGUACUGUACUUGAAUAAUUCAUGAUAUUAAUGGCUCAGUACUUUUAUACAAUUUUUUUAUCUCAUGUUCUGUGAAUAUCUUUAUAAGUAAAAUGCAUUUUAUCAACUGACAGCCACUUAAUAAUGAUUUUAAUAUAUUUAUUUUCCUGCAAUUCAGACAAAAAAAUUUGCAAGAAAUCAAGCAAGAAUAUUUGUAGUCAAUCAAAUGUAAUAACUGAUUUCCAGUACUGUAUACAGUACAGUAUUAAAGUGAAGCCAAGGUAAUUUGCUAAUUGUUGGUGGGGAUUCUUUUCAUGUCUGGGAGGUACAGGUACAGUAUUACUAUUUUCAAGAAUUCAACAUGCCUAUCUGGCCUAAAGUAAAAUAACCAGUGUGAAGUGAUGAUGAAUAUAACAACCUUGGAAGGUCUAAAUCACUUAUCUAAAUGCUGAAAUCAGCUUCACUUAAAUCCAUGUACUGUUGCAACUCCGUCAUCAGUUAUGUUAUUCAUGAAAAGUUACCAAGCCAUGGACACUCUUGCUACAAGAUCUUAUUGUCUGGACACAGUUCAAUGUCAUCAAGGGAUGUGCAUCUAUACACUGACCUAUGAUUGUACACUCUAAUUAUCCUUUUCUAGUUGUCCUAAUGCCAAAGUGCCUAUCCAUAGAGGGUAGUUUGUCUGUGGAAGGUAAUUGAUUUUAUAUUGAUGUACCAUCACUGUAAAUAAGUAUGCUAUAGUGGUUAACUAGAUACAGUCUUAUUAUGUUUUGUUUAGUCAGUGGUAGCAGAAGGACAUACAGUAUGUGUUCUGAUGAUUGCCUAGCUUUGUGAGGCCUUUUUAGGUCUAAAAUAACUGUGAUGUUCUGUAGAGUCAGUUGGUCAUGAAUCAUUGAAAUCCUAGAUAUAAGACACUAAUGAAGAAAAAAAUCUGUGAUUGUUGGGUUGUGUUAGCUGUUUAAAGUAAAUACGAGAAUGGUGGCAGAGGCUGGACAUGUACCACAACCUCCAUGACUUGAUGCAACAUCCACUCAAAAUAUAGAUUAGUGGAAUAACAAUGAAAUGUAUCACUUAAUUCACUGAAGUGACCAGUUGUUGCAUCCUAUUUGCUGUAUAAAGUAUAUAUUCUGUAUCUUUUGCUUCUGUCACAUCAUCUGAAAAAGUGAUAACCUAUUAAAUAUAUAUUUUUUUUAUCCUUGGCACAACACAGUAUACUGUACGUACUUCAUUUCUUGUAGCUCCCAGAGCAAAAUGAAUCUAACAAAUUAGAAAAUUGUGCCAUUAUUACAAGAUUAUUGAAAUUCUUGUAAGGGAAUACAGGUAUUUAAAACAGCUGUACUUACGCUUGUUAGCCUAUAAUAAUACAAGAAGACUUAAA